AUGUCCGAAAACAUUUUUUCAUAUGUGAGCGGAGAAACAAAAAUCUUUAAUACCAGUAACGAGAAUAUCAAAGUAAUAGUCGAAGGGAUAAAUGGCGAUAUCGCGAGGGUUUUUCUUGCAGAUAAAAAUGAUAAGCCGUAUGAGUCGACGGGUGUAGUUUUUGAGAAUGCAACGACCGAAGAACCAUUACAGCCUGUAAAAGUUAAGGAUAAAGAAAGCUAUCUCAUAACUUGGUUAUAUAACUAUAAGUUAUCCAUGGGUAGUAAGCUAAUUUUUAUGCUAGAACGACGAAAAGAGCAAAAGGAAGCGAUUAUUAGUUUAGCCCCGUUUUUCAAAAAAAAUUAA